UUUUUUUUUGCUGCAGAGAAAUUAGUUCAAAUCAUAUAAAACACAUAAAUAUAUAUAUAUUUUUUUUAAAAAAACACACAAAUUUAUUCAAAUUCCAAAAUCCGAAAUCCAUUGUUGUGAAAUGUCCACAGAUGAAGAUAAUGAUGGUGAUUCAGUUUUUCAAAGGAAAAUAACAGAAAUUCUGUUGUGAAAUUUUCCACGAGAAAAUAAAUAAAAACAAAAGGAAAAUAACGGUGACGAAAAAGAAAUUCAUUGAAGAAACGACGUACCUGAAAAGACAUGUCAAAGGCAGCAAGAAAUGGAAAAGACUUCAAUUUUCAUCAGGAAGUUGAAAAAAGCAGCAAAUAUCAAGGAAUAAAACAUCGAAUGGGUGAGAGUCAGGACUCAUUUUUGACACAAGAAACAAUGACGACGGAAAAAGGUGCGCAAAAAAAAUGUUGUCAGUGGAAUCAAAAAACGAUGACGAUAACCAUAACCGUAUGCAUUGCGUUGGUGUUGUCUUUGGUGGUGCUAAUCAUACGUUUUCAUGCAAAUGUUCGUCCCGAUGAAAAAUAUGCGUCGGUUGGAACAAUUCCAUUCCCGGCCAUCACGAUAUGCCCGGGAAUAAGAAGUGGCUAUCCGAAAAAUAAUUUCAAUCGCACAUUAUUUCUCAUGCAAACUGAAGCACAGCCCAAAUUACGACCAAGAAAGAAAAUUGCAUUGGAAACGCUAUUUCAACUAUGCGACUGGGAUAUCUUUCGACGGGUACGGAAUUGGGACAUACUCGAGCGCUUCGUUGAUGAAGACGAUCAAAUUGAAGCUUUUAAUUCGAUUGCAUGCGAUAUCGAUGAAAAUGCAAAAUUUUGUGCUUGGCAUCGACGCACCUCAUGCGAUGAAUAUUUUCGACCAAUUAUCACCGACGAGGGACGAUGUUACACAUUUAAUCUUCUAAAUUCCUACGAAAUAUUCACACAAAGUAUGUCGUUCCCGCUGAUUCGCAAUUGGAAAAACAGUUUGAAUGCAACGCAUUGGAAUCGAGAAAUUGGUUAUACUGAUACUGAAACGGCUUCUGAACAUUAUCCAUUCCGUGUUUUCGAUACGGACUCAAAAAUCUAUCCGUAUCGUGUGUCUGGUGCGGGACCCGAUAAUGCAUUGAACAUCUCAAUUUAUUUUCCACGAGAUGAAUUGGAUCCUCUAUGUAAUCGGUCGGCACGAGACAUAAAAUUUUAUCUGCAUUCGCCCGAUGAAUUGCCAGAACGAGAGCAUUAUUUCCAUAUCCCAAUUGGCAAACGAGUUUCAGUAUCGGUUAAGCCAAACAUCAUUGUUACAUCGAACGAUUUACGAAGCUUUAGCCCAUGGCGACGACAAUGUUAUUUCAAUGACGAACGCAAACUUCGAUUCUUCAAAAUUUACACACAGCGUCACUGUGAAAUUGAGUGUUUAGCCAAUUUUACUAAAACCAGAUGCGGAUGUGUCAAAUUCAGCAUGCCAAGAGAUAACAGUACAAGAAUAUGCGGUGUAGCAAAAAUGCGUUGCUACCAUGAUGCCGAAUGGAGAUUAGCUGACAAUUUUGGUUGGCAAUCGUCUUACUUGAAAAAGUGCAAUUGUCUUCCUGCAUGCGCUUCGAUUAAAUACAAUGUCGAAAUCAAAGCGAAAGGUUUGAAAGUAAAUAAAAAUUUAAUUAAAGGUAAACUCGGUUUUCAGACUCCAAGGCGUGAAGAUGAAGAAAGGAGUCAACUAUUAAUAUCAUUCAAGGAUGAAAAGUUUAUACCGAACGUUCGAAUACAGUUCACGGUGUUAGAUUUUUUGAAAAGCUUUUAUGUGGUCUUUUUCGUUAUAUUGGCCAUUAUUCUGGUGGUAGUUUUCGAGGCAAUAUUGUAUUGUAUUUUCCGUUUGGGUCGAGCCUUUGGGGGAGGACGUAAACCACAAACUCGUGAAGGUAAUGACAGAUAUGUUCCCGAAACCGUAUCAAAAGCAGUCAGCCGAGGAAGUGAUUAUGAUAUAAGCGGUGACAACGAUGAUGAACGUCGCGGAAAGAAAGAACGAUGCCAAUGGUGUGGUAAUCAUAUAAAAACAACAAUUAUCUUAGGCGGUUUGUUUAUUUUAUGCUUGGCAUCCGGUUUGUUAACCCACCUCUUUUUCUAUUGGUCCAAAUACUUGGUAAAAGUUCGACCAGAUGACAAAGUGAUGUCUAUUGGCGCAAUUCCAUUCCCGGCUGUGACCAUUUGCCCAGGAACCAGAGCCGGCUAUCCACCACUCAAUUUCACACAUCUACUUCGUUUGAUGCAAGUUUAUCGCGAGCCACAACUUAAACUGGACGAAAAAUAUGCCAUGGAAACGUUAUUCCAAAUUUAUCCCGAAGAUAUUGUUGGAUCGGUACGAAGUCCCGAAUUUCUGGAGCGAUUCAGUCGCGAAGAAUAUCAAUUUGGAAUUUUUGGUUUGAUUUCAAACCGAAUUACCGAAUAUACGAAAGGAUGUAAAUGGCUCAACGAUAAAAUUGCAUGCAAUGCCAAUUUCCGACCUAUCAUUACGGAAGAGGGAAAAUGUUUCUCAUUUAAUCUAUUGAGUUCAUACGAGAUAUUUACACAACACAUGGCAUCGCCACUUGUACGACGUGCCAGUCGUGAAGAUGAUUACGACGAAAAUGAUCGAGACCCAGAAGCAUAUCCAUACCGGGUUUUACGCAAAGGACAAAACAAUGGAUUGGCCAUUUCCAUUUUCUUUGAUAAAGAUCAAUUGGAUAUAUUCUCACGACGUUGGGUACAAGAGCCAAAAUUCAUACUUCAUUCACCCGAUGAAAUGCCACGCACAACAAACUUCUUCCGCAUCCCAAUGGGAAAGGAUGUUAAAGUUUUAGUCAAACCACAAAUGAUCACCACAUCGGAAAAAUUACGCAAUUUCAAUCCGAAACGGAGACAAUGCACUUACGAUUCGGAACGGAAAUUGCGCUAUUUCAAAACAUACACUCAACAUCACUGCGACAUGGAAUGCGCCGCCAAUUUCACAUACUGGCGUUGUGGAUGCGUUAAAUUCAACUUGCCAAGAGGUGAAGAGAUGAGCAUUUGUGGUGCUGGCAGAAUGCAAUGCUAUCGCGAUGCUGAAGCCGAAUUGCUCAGAAGAAGUACAAUGGAAGAAUGCAAUUGUCUACCAGCUUGUACAUCUACUGAUUAUAAGGUGGAGAUAUCUGAACGAGAAUUUGAUGAAUUCAAUAGAAUUAAUGCAGAUUUGAAUUACCAAAGACGCGACGAGAGCAAAGUCAGCCGUGUUACAAUUUACUUCAAAGAUGAUCUAUUUAAAACAUUGAGACGCGAGGAGGCGUUUUAUACGGCCGAAUUUUUGAUUGAAUUUGGUGGUUUGCAUAUUUUGGCAUUGGGUGUUAUUCUUCUAUUGUUCAUGUGGUGGAUUGUGCAUUUGGUUGAGCGUAAGCAACGAAACGUCAAUUAAAGUAACCAACGAGAACGAGAAGGUCGUACAUAUAUGUAUAGGCGAUGCAAAUGAAUGGAUGAUAUAGACGGACGCAAAUGGAUCAUUCAAAUGAUGUGUUAUAUUAUUUGAACGCGCGCUGUUCCUUGUCUACAUUUAGAAUCUACAUCAGCCUUCUCAGUAGAUGAUUUGAACUCUCACUUGAAUUCCAUUUGAAAUUUUAAAGCCAUUAAAUAGAAAUUAAAAAUUAUUAAAACACAAAACCACCAAAACAAA